GGAAAUCAACUGUUGGUAAAUUGUUAGCAGAAAAGCUAAACUAUCAAUUAAUUAAUAGUAGUUUAUUUUAUCGCUAUUUAGUAUUAAAUUUUCAAUAUGAAGAUAAAAAAGUAAUAAUCGCUUGGUUAUCAAAACAACAAUCAGAAGAUUUAUUAUCAUUUAUAAAUGAUAUCGAUAACCAGAAAAAUUUAAUUUCAGAUCAAGAUGCUGUAUUUAUUGCCCAAAAUGAAAAUAUACGUCAAACAAUUAACAAGAUUAUUCAAGAUAUUACAAAAGAAAAGGAUGCAGAAGUAAAAAUGGUUUUAUCAGCUGAUAUUGAAGCACAUGUUAAUCGUCAAUUAAAACAAUAUAAUAUCGAAGAAUUUACUGAUGUUUAG